AUGAAUAGCUCAUCUCGCCGAAUUGCAAAGACGCUUUUCAUUCCCCGAAGACAAAUCAACAAAUGGACCAACGAAGCCCAGAGACGCAAUGACCAUGUUACCGAGCACGAUCUGAUCUUAUCCUUUUUGUACCGACACUUUGCAAAAGACGAUACCCGCCCGCCGAACUUUGGUAUUACCAUGAAUGUCCAGCGUCAGCUCCAGAGUGAUGCAGGGUUUGGUAAUCCAUGGAUCCUUAUGCCAGUGCCGCGUUAUUCUGAUCCCAUUGAAGCAGUGAACACUAGAGACUCGCUGAGCAGUGUGGCUAGUCAUAUUCGUCAUACAAUCAAUUCGGCCAGGGAUCCAGUGUGUGUCAGCCAAAUCAUUAGCCAACAUACCCUUCUGAAUGGCAAGCCUAUGAUCCCUAGGCAUUUCGCGGCGAGGGAUGCUCAUUUUGUAGUCACGUCUUGGGCAGGUCAUCCCGUUUAUGAAUACGAGCUGGGCACGAAAACACCGGUCGCCGUGCACGGGAGCGUGGCGUUCUGUGGCUACUUGAGAAAGACAGGCAUGGUCAUGGAUGACUUGCUGGUUGUGUGGAGAAGCAAAGAUGGAUACUGGAUUCAUGGAUGCCUCGAAAAUGGCUUGUGGGAGCAAAUAGCGCAGAGUUUAAAGUAA